AAAAAUCCCUGCCGCUACUCGCCCCCGACGACCUCUUGCUCGCCGCCGCUGAAUGCCUAGCGGCAGCAGCCAUGGCGCCGCCGGGCAACUCCGUCGACCUCAAGGGUGCAAAGAAGGGCAAGAAAUCAAACUCCAAGAAUGAGAAAAGGCACAGGAAGGAGAAGCACGAGCGUCCUGCCGCCGACGAAGCGUCUCUCCCCAACGAGGCCAAGCGCAAGCACAAGGAGCACGGCAAGAAGCCCAAGAACGAGAAAAAGGCUGAGGCUGAGACCGAGGCGGGCGGGGUGAAGCGCGGAGACGAGAGGAUGAGGCGGGCGAUGGAGGACGAGCGGUUCGCGGCGGCGCGGACCGACCCUAGGUUCGGAUCGAUGCCGCGGAAGGAGGCGAAGGUGCCUCUAACAUGGCUACAAGAACGAUUUCCAACUACAACUCUUGAUCUUAUAUUCUGAUUUUUUUGUUGGCAACUUACUGCAUGUUAGUUUUAUUGCCAGUACGGGUCUUAUGAUAUGCGUUCUUAUUUUUAGGAUUUCCAUAUGGUUGCUAAAUUAUCUUCACGGGACACUUUGUUAGUUGUGUUUUUCUUGUCUUCAAGAGAGACAUUUUUCUUGUAUUAUUUCUAUUUCCUUGACUUUUUUAUUCUGCAGUACUCUGUCGGCAGUGACAUUGCUCAUUACUUGAUGGCGAGGCAUGAUGAUACACCUAUGAUCGAUAAGGAAACUCACAGGCUUGCUGUUGUUAAUAUGGACUGGGAUCAUAUUAAGGCAGUGGACUUGUAUAUGGUGAUGACAUCUUGGGUCCCGAAAGGUGGGCGAGUUCUAUCAGUUUCCAUAUAUCCAUCAGAAUUUGGACUGGAGUGCAUGAAUAUUGAGACAACACAAGGCCCGUCUGCUCUUCUUGGUGCCGAUGAGGAUGAUGGUGGUGAUGGUGGGGAUGACGAUAACAGCGAGGUUGAAGACGAUGACGAUGAUGAUGUUGAUGGCGAAUACGAUAGUGAACAUGACUCUGAGACCGAGAACAACAGGCUGCGUGCUUAUGAGCUAAACAGACUGAGGUUACCAAUAAGGCACAGAGAUAUUUUUGGUGAUUAUUAUCUCGUUUAUUUAUCUGUUUUUCUGGGACUUACUGAGUAGACUUUGCAUGAAUUUUUUAACCAUACUCCAUAAUCUUCACGUUGUUAACUUCAGUAUUAAAAUGUUCAAAUCCUAUCCACAAAUGUAACUACGGUGGCUUCUGCUUCACAUGUUUGGGAUUGCAUGCAUAUAUGUCCAAGUAGCCUUGUCCAUCCAUCUUUCAUAUGAACCACACAUGAAAAUGUUACUGUUUGCCAAGGGUUGCCCAUUUAUCUCUCUGAUGAUUAUGUUGAUCUAUGCAGUUGUUGUAUGUGAUUCCAGUGCAACUGCGAAUCACCUAUACAUGACUCUUGAUAGUACUGAGUUCUUGAAAACGGCAAAUGUGUUUGAUCUGCAGUUUAUUCGUGACUCUAUGGAGUUCAAGCGCGCUGCUCGUGAUGUAGCUACAGAGGCACCUCCUAGUUACAAGGAGCCUGAUUCUGAAACUCCCGCUUUGCAACCUAGCAAAGUUAAGCUCACGUGGGAUGAUGAUGAACCAGAUCGUAAGAUCUUGAGGUGGAAGUCCAAAGAGGAUCAGUUAGAUGACCCUAAAAUGUUUUUACCAAGUGAUGACAGUGCAUCAGAUGAUGAUGUAGACGAUUCUGGUGAUGAGUCUCUACCAAAUGGUGUAGCGAAAAGAAAGUUAAUAAACAAGGAAAGGUUGGCUCUUUUACUACAAGGAGAUAAAUCUGACGAGGAACAAAGUGAUGGCCAGGGCAUGGAGAUAACAUUCAACAUGGAACCCGAGGACCUCAGCAAGCGUAUCCUUGAGAGAAAGAGCAUCGAGACGAAAAUUGUCUGGGAGACGCACCAAGAAAAAAUGAAGGAGAAGCGGAAAGCUAGGAAGAGGUCGUCAAAGGAUGAUGAUGACUACAGUGACGAAGAUAGCGCUGAUGAAAAUGAUGAUUUCUUUGAGGAUGAAAAGGCUGAUGAAGAAGUUAGGCCAAUCAAGAAACAAAAGGUGAAGACCAAAGGGAAAGCAAAGGACAAGCUUCCAGAGGAACAUUUUGAACCAGAAGCAACUAAAGAAGAGUUGGAGCUCUUGGUUGCUGCUGACCAGGAUGCAGCCAAUGGUGCAAAGGGUUGUAACAUAAAACGCAGGAGUAAGAAGAGCAAGGGUUGUGUCGAGGACAAACUUCCUGAAAUCAAUAUUAGCACAGAUGACUUGAGGUUCUCAGCCACGUUGACGGAUCAUCUGUAUGCAUUGGAUCCUACUGAUCCCCAGUACAAGAGGUAUCACAUAGUGGGACGCGGAGGAAUUGAUCACGAGCACACAGGCUUUCGGAAUCUGUCCCGCUCCAUAUGUCGUCGUGAUUCGUUUUACCAAACACACGUGACCGCUGCAGGGCCAAGCAGACGAGGUGGAAUAGAAAAAGAAAAGGAGAAAUUCUCCUGGACGGAGGGCCAGAACGGCAUGUCCAUUCGAGGCCGUCGCGAAUUGGCGUCGGAGCCGUCGCUCGGGUCGGUAACGACGUCACUGGGUUGGAGUAAAUGCGAUAUGGGUAGCUGGGUGUAGCUUGCUCCUACCUCUCCCCGCUGCCGCUCUGGUUCUAUUGAGGGCGGCUCGGCGGCGAAACCACAAGCUCUUUAGGGUUGCUGACUCUCUGCUCCGGCGCGCAUGGAGUUCUUGAUGCAGCCAUUGAACAGGCAGGGAGUGAAGAUAAGCCAUAGGCAUCUGAAAACUCCAUAGAGCAGAUUGAUCCAAAGACCCCUGGCUGGACACGAAGGUCGAUUUCUGUAACUGUCCGAUCCGACACGAAUCACAGCGCACCGCUGUGCCUCAUUUAUUCCUCUGCCCGUGCGCGUGUCAGGCUCGUUUAUUCUUGGGCUUCAUUCGGUCAUGAGCUCUUCAGUUCAAUUAUCAAUUUUAGUGAAUCUUCAGUUUAGUUCAGUCUCCAAUUUCAGUCAUAUUCCGUUAAAUUUCUUCAGUCAUAUUCAGUUUCUCUUUGUUCUUCAGUCUCCCAAUUAGCUUGCCUUCAGUUUUGUGUAGGUCUGUGCUUCGAUCAAUGAAGAAAUUCAUCAUCAAUCUUCUAUAGACGGACGGCAAAAAACCAGAAAUAACCUUUUAAGGUAGCUUCCAGCCCGACAACCACCCCGACCGCAGGCAUGGUUGGGCUACGCCUUGGGGGAGGUAUCAUAAGCACUGUCGCGUAAAAGACAGUAGCAGAUGGUCGUAUCGCCUUCAACAAGGAUGGAUGGUAGGAAUUCAUGGAGGAGAAUGACCUAAAGGUUGGCAGAGUGGUGCUAAUCACCAUCAGGAACAGUGCACUGGACGAACUGACACAUGAUGGUUGUCGUCAACCCGAUCUAAGAUGACCAUCAGGGUCAAUGCUAAAGUUGUCACCGCCUUUUUUUUCUGCUGUGUGUUAACUAUGUAGCACCGCAGUUUGACAAACUAUGUUUGUUUUCUCUUAUUUUGUUAUUGCGGUGGUAUGCACCGUCAAGGAGUAUGUAAUAUGGAGUCUGAAACUUUUUUUAUAAUUUCGUGUGGUACUUGAUUCAUAAGUUAUCAGUAUUUCCUAGUGUUAGAGUUAUAAUAUAAGUCAUGUAUACCCCUUUGUAUUUAUCCCGUUGUAUAAGGGGUUUCCUGCAUAUGUACCACACCUGUACGUAUAUAUAUAUCGGCCUAUGGCCUCAUGGGA